AUGCAUGUUCCCUAUAGGCAAAACGUGCCGCGAUUUGAGUCUUGGAAUGCGAUGCCGAGGACGCGCACGACGCGCGUUCUUGCCGUCGGCCAAGGCACUACGGGCACCCACACUAUAUUCAACGCGUUGUGCGCGCUCGGGGUACCCAGCGUCCACUACCGGCAAGAGUGCAACACCGGUUCGCCGUGCCGCUACACAAAGGAUCGCUCGCUCGCGGGCGCCGUCAAACAUGUCCCUCAUGUUUGCGGAGCGGAGGGCCUUGAGCUCUACGAGUCAAAAAAUGUCGUCCGCAUGCGUGCGAUGUACGAUGCGGCCAAGGAGUUCGUGGCCAACAAAAGAGACUGCACGAGGGCCCGGCACCAGCACCUGUGCAACGUGACGGGCAACGAAUGGGCUGCGGCUGCGCGGGCGACUGUCUCCGCCUUGGCGAGGGACCAGUUGAGCCUGACGGACUCGCCAUACGCGCAGAUGCCAAGCCUGCUGCUCAGCCUGCCUGAGCUUGUCAACACGAGCCUUUAUGUCAACUCGUUGCGAACAAACGCGACCGAGUGGGCGACCUCGAGGGUUCGCGAGCACAACAGCAGCAUCAUGUGCAGGCAGGAGGUCUUCCCGAAUGGGGACCGCCUCGACUUGCACGCGUGCGCCGAGGCAUGUGGGCCCAACGUGUUUGGGGACUGCCUCGUCAGAUACGACGAUAUGCCGCUGGAGGCGCUCGCGGGAGCUUACGAGCGCAGCGCCUCCCGGCUCCGCUCGUCGCUCCAGAAGCUCCCGUGGCAACGCCGUGUGCUGACGGUCGACAUGUUUACCACCCGCAUCGACACCAAGAAGGUCUCCGACCUCAUACAGCAGGCACAUUCUCGCAGCCAGUGCGCAGGGACGGCGUGCAUUAAUGGCAGGGGUAGCUCGUUGUCGGUCGCCUCUCACAACGUCCUGAUGACAUGCGCCGGCGCUGACGACGAGGCCGUGGGCUGCGCAGCCCUCUGGCCUCCGACCCCGCCCGACUUGGCGCGGUCGGGCGGCUUUCAGGGAGGGCAGAGCCUCCUCACGAGCGGCAACCAGCUCGAGCAUCCCCCGCGCGCCAUUGUGGUCACCAUCUUUAAGAAGACCCGCCUGGCCACGCUCGUGCAGUUCCUCGAGUACUACCGCCUCAUCGGCGCGAGCCGCGUCGUGUUGGUGGACAACAACUGCGGCUACGAGACGGGGCGCGUCAACCGCAUACUAGCACCGUACAUCCACGGCGGUUUUGUCAAACUCAUGACCGAGUAUCGCUGCCUCAAGCCGGGCGAGCGCACUGCCGAGGGCGACGUCUUUGCCGAGACGACGGUCAUGCGGUGGGCGGCGUCCAAAUCAGCGCGCGCUGGCGACCUGGUGCUCUUCCUGAGCGACGACGAGUUCCUGGUGCUCAAGGACCCGGCCUGGAGCCUCCCAAUGCUCGCCCGCCAGAUGCACGCGGAGCGGGUCUGCGCUGUGCACGUGCCGUGGAAGCAGUUCGGCUCUGGUGGCCACCGCUGCCAGCCCGACGGAAGCUUGCUGCGCAACUUCCAGUCGCGAGGCCCGCUCCUCCACGAGCUGACGCCGACGGACGCGGACGCAAUGCUCGAGGACGCGCACAAUGCGAAGAUCAAUCCGCCCUUCAAAGGUAAGCCCCUCUUCUUGUGGCAGCUGUCGAAGACUUGCGCGACGCACCUCUGCUCCGACGGCUGCGACUUUGCCGAUUUCACCGUCUGUGGCUACCCCAAUGGUACCUUUGACAACCGCUCGGUCGGAACCAAAAGCUCCGAUCAGGCCACAAAGCUGACGCGCUCUGCGGUGUGCCCCCCUUUGCUUCGGAACCAGAUGGUAGGCACAUUCAUCAACCACUAUGCCUACCAGAGCGCAGCAGCGUGGGAGGAAAAGAAGGAGAGGGGGCGAGUGUCCGACCUGGUGGACCGCAGGGGCCCCGUUCCCUUUGAAUACAAUGCUCUGGUCGACGGUGCCGGCUUCAGCAAGACCUCCGAGCGCAUCUCGCUCCUCUCGCCGGCGAAGCCAUCGCUGCAGUCCUGUCUCCGGCGCCUGCUCGCCGACGGCGUCACCACGUCGAGAGAGCUCCUCGCGACGGGGCAAACGGAUCGCCUCGGGCCAACGCUGCCUGCCUUUCACCAGGUGGCCGAGGGUGGCCGAGGUGAGAAACGCCACGAGAUCAAGAAGGACGCCGGAGGAGAGGAACGCCACAAGAUCAAGAAGGCAGCACCCUGCCCUUGA